GAGACAGAGAGGGGUGAGACAGAGAGGGGUGAGACAGAGAUGACGACAGAAGGAAAUCAAAGGAAGGAAGGAGACGCAGAUGAAAGAGAGAGUGAGCAGAAAAUAAAACAAAAGGUCAGAGCAGCAGAGGACCAGGACCAGGUGACAGACCAGGUGACAGACCAGGUGACAGACCAGGUGACAGACCAGGUCUGUGUUUCCUAACUUCAUGAAGUCAUGACACUUUUAGAAACGAGGUGUAUUUCUUGUUUUUCUUGUAAACUUAUUUUUCCCCAAACUGGAAGUUCCAGUCGUUUUAAAACGACUCUUCAGUUUCUGCAGCUUCAGCAGUUUUUAUUCCUCGUCAACUUCCCAUAAUUCCCUGAAGUUAAAAAAACAAACUUACUGUCGUUUUCCUCCACGUUCUUCUACACUGUAGUACCAGGUGUGUAUUUCUGUGUACUGACUCUAACACUGUAGUACCAGGUGUGUAUUUGUGUGUACUGACUCUAACACUGUAGUACCAGGUGUGUAUUUGUGUGUACUGACUCUAACACUGUAGUACCAGGUGUGUAUUUGUGUGUACUGACACUAACACUGUAGUACCAGGUGUGUAUUUGUGUGUACUGACUCUAACACUGUAGUACCAGGUAUGUAUUUGUGUGUACUGACUCUAACUCUGUGGUACCAGGUAAACCCGACCUGUGUGGGAUGGAGCUCCGGGUGGAGGAGCUGUGGCACCACUACCGUGUGGAGCACGCCAUGGCUGAGGGCGCCAAGAACAUGCUGAGGCUCCUGGGAGCGGGAAAGGUCCAGGACAAGAAGGCCAUGGCCGAGGCUCAGUGUGGUCUGAGUGAGUCGUCGCAGCGUCUGGACCUGCUCAGAUGUUCUCUGGAGCAGAGGCUCCUGGAGCUGCCGGAGGACCACCCCAAAGCCUGCCUCAUCAAGGAGGAGCUGGCGCUGGCCUCCUCCUCGGCCUUCAGCUCCCGCCACAGCACCCCCUAUGUCCACAAUCAGUACAGCACGCUGAGCAAACCCUCACCGCUCACAGGCUCUCUCCAGGUGCGUCUCCUGGGCUGUGUGGGUCUGCUGGAGGUGAUUCCAGGCCGGAGCAGAGCGACGCCCGUGGUUCUUCCCUCCCACUCCCCGGGCGACGGACGCUCGUCCUUCAAACUGAGCGGCCUGUACAGUCGCAGCACCAGCAGCAUGAGCCUGAAGAUCCCUGGGAAAACGGACGAGCUCUCCGCGGAGGUGAGUGCGGUGCUGAAGCUGGAGAACACGGUGGUUGGACAGACGGCCUGGAGAACAGUGGGAGAACAGGCCUGGGAUCAGAGCUUCACCGUGGAACUGGAGAGGUCCAGAGAGAUGGAGAUGGCGGUCUACUGGAGAGACUACCGCUCCCUGUGUGCUCUGAAGUACCUGAAGCUGGAGGAGUUCCUGGACAACCAGAGACACAGAGUCCAGCUGGAGCUGGAGCCUCAGGGCCUCCUGCUGGCAGAGGUGACCUUCUUCAACCCGGUCAUCGAGAGAGGACGACGACUGCAGCGGCAGAAGAAGGUCUUCUCCAAACAGCACGGUAAGGCCUUCCUGCGUGCUCGUCAGAUGAACAUCGACAUCGCCACCUGGGUCCGUCUGCUCAGGAACGCCAUCCCCAGUGGGACUAACUCACCCACCUACACGCCCAUCUUCAGCAGCAGCACGCUGACGCACCCCCCCGGAGAAAUCUCUGUGGAGAAGCUGAACCUGGGGAGUGACUCCCCCCCGAAACCUGAGAGCAGGAGAGACGGGGGAGACGCACCUGCUCCCCUGGACCAGACGCCCGUCGCUGAGGCUCCGCCCACCACCGCGGUCCCCGUCCACGAGCAGCCGACCAGGUCCCUGUCCCAGAACUCUUUACGCAGCAGGGGGGGCUCUCUCUGUCUGCAGGACUUCAAGUUGGUGGCAGUUCUGGGCAGGGGGCACUUUGGGAAGGUGCUGCUGUCAGAGUCCAGGAGGAGCGGCGCUCUGUUCGCCAUCAAGGCCCUGAAGAAGGGCGACAUCGUCGCACGUGACGAGGUGGAAAGUCUGAUGUGUGAGAAGCGGAUCUUUGAGACCGUCAACAGUUCCCAUCAUCCCUUCCUGGUCAACCUGUUCGCCUGUUUCCAGACUCCAGAACACGUGUGUUUUGUCAUGGAGUACACGGCGGGAGGAGACCUGAUGAUGCACAUCCACGCCGACGUCUUCUCCGAGCCACGGGCUGUGUUCUACUCGGCCUGUGUGGUUCUGGGUCUGCAGUUCCUCCACGACCAUAAGAUCGUGUAUCGGGACCUCAAACUGGACAACCUGCUGCUGGACAAAGACGGAUUUGUGAAGAUCGCCGACUUUGGUCUGUGUAAAGAAGGCAUGGGUUUCGGGGACAAGACCAGUACCUUCUGUGGGACCCCCGAGUUUCUGGCCCCAGAAGUUUUGACCGACACGUCGUACACCAGGGCAGUGGACUGGUGGGGGCUGGGGGUCCUCAUCUACGAGAUGCUGGUCGGAGAGUCUCCGUUCCCUGGUGACGACGAGGAGGAAGUCUUCGACAGCAUAGUCAACGACGAAGUGCGUUACCCUCGCUUCCUGUCCACCGAGGCCAUCGGCAUCAUGAGACGGUUGUUGAGGAGAAACCCCGAGAGACGUCUGGGCUCCGGAGAAAAGGAUGCUGAAGAUGUGAAGAAACAGCCGUUCUUCAGGGGCGUGGACUGGGAGGCACUUCUCCGGAAGAAGGUCACGCCGCCGUUCGUGCCGACAAUCAAGGGAAGAAACGACGUCAGUAACUUUGACACGGAGUUCACGGCCGAGGCUCCGGGCCUCACGCCGCCCCGCGAGAGACGCACGCUCACCCGCAAGGAGCAGGACUAUUUCAAGGACUUCGACUACACCUCUGACUUGUUUUAAGGUCAGAGGUCAGGGGUCAGGGGUGUUAAUGCUGCCCACUGCCAGCCACAGACUCUGACAGGAGACCGAGAAGUAAAGGCUGAGUCUGUGCUGUAACCAUGGAAACAGAGUCUGGAGACGACGUCAGCAAAGACACAUCACUUUCACUGUGACCUGUAUGUGUGUGUGUGUGUGUGUGUGUGUGUUGUCACGGUCCUGCUGAGC